UUCAGUAAAUGGCCCGUCGUGUGAUAAAAAUCGAUUAAAAAUAAAGAACAAAUAAAAUAUUUGCUGAUUACACCUUGCAUUCAGCCAAUAAAUUAUUUGUCCAAAUAAAUUAUUAUACUUAAAGUAUCUAGAUAAGAAUAAAAAAAUAAAUAUUAAAUAAAUAAUUAUUAUUUUUAUUAAUUUAAAUGGGUAUUAUAAACGGAGAAUAUACUAAAGAUUCACCAGAUAUUGAGUCUCUCCUAGAGCUAAAUCCUCGAGUUCAAUUAAAUGCAACUUUAAAGCCAAGUUGUGAAACUAAAUUGGAAAAGCAUAGAUGGAAAAGAAAUGCUAAUAAAUCGUGUAAUGGUUGUGCAGAAAACCUCUAUGAAAAUGACUUUCGAGAUAUCAAACACACGACAUUAUCGGAGAGGGGAGCUUUGAGAGAAGCUAUGAGAUGUCUGAAAUGUGCAGAUGCCCCUUGCCAAAAAAGCUGUCCCACACAGUUGGAUAUCAAAGCUUUUAUUUCCAGUAUUGCUAAUAAGAAUUAUUAUGGUGCUGCAAAAUUAAUAUUUUCUGAUAAUCCUCUUGGCUUAACUUGUGGAAUGGUAUGUCCAACCUCAGACCUCUGUGUCGGCUCUUGUAAUUUAUACGCAACAGAAGAAGGGCCCAUCAAUAUUGGGGGUCUACAACAAUUUGCAACGGAAAUUUUUAUGAAAAUGAAUAUACGGCAAAUUGUUAGCCCUGAAAUAAUUAAAAAUCGAAAUGAGGCACAUAAGCAGCCUAUUGCUUUCCUUGGCAGUGGUCCGGCAAGUAUAUCUUGUGCAAGCUUUUUAGCCAGACUUGGCUAUACAAAUUUAACAAUUUAUGAAAAGGAGGAAUAUUUAGGGGGACUAAGUUCUUCCGAAAUCCCUCAUUAUCGUUUGCCUUAUAACGUGGUUGACUUUGAAAUUCAAUUAGCUAAGGAUCUCGGGAUUAAAAUAGUCACAGGUCGUCAACUUCACAGGAAUGACUUGACCUUGGAAAAAUUGAAAGCCUCUGGUUGCAAAGCUGUCUUUAUUGGGAUUGGAUUGCCUGAACCUAAAAGAGCCCCCAUCUUUCAAGGGUUGGAACCCAAAAAUGGAUUUUAUACCUCCAAAGAAUUCUUACCUCUUGUGUCUAUUGCUAGCAAAAAAGGCUACAAUUGUUCUUGUUCCUCCAAAACCCCUAAAUUGCCUAAAUUAAAUGGACGAGUAUUGGUAUUGGGAGCGGGGGAUACUGCUUUUGAUUGUGCUACAUCUUCAUUACGAUGUGGGGCCAAGAAAGUGACUGUAGUCUUUCGGAGGGGAUUUACUGCAAUACGCGCUGUUCCAGAAGAGAUGGAAGCGGCACGUGAAGAAAAAUGUGAAUUUAUGCCUUUCAUGUCACCAAGGAAGGUGAACAUGAGAGACGGACGGAUUGUUUCUGUUGAAUUUGCCAAAAUGGAACAAGAAUUGAAUGGUCAAUGGGUAGAGGAUGUUGGUCAAACCCUUACUUUGCGGGCUGAUUGGGUUAUUAGUGCCUUUGGAUCGGAUUUAGUCGAUCCUGAAGUAAAGGAAGCACUAAAACCUUUGAAAUUUGACAAUAAUGGAAUUCCUAUUGUUAAUACUAAAACUCAACAAAGUUCAGAAAAUUGGGUAUUUUUGGGAGGGGAUGUAGCUGGAGUUGCUGAAACUACUGUGGAAUCUGUUAAUGAUGGAAAAACAGCCGCAUGGCAUAUCCACCGUUAUAUCCAAUCAUUAUAUGGCUUUCCAAUAUCGGAAAAACCAGAAUUACCCCUUUUCUGUACUCCUAUUGAUGAGGCAAUUUAUUUUUGA